GUGCGGCACAUUCCUGCACAGCAGCCCGCAGAGGAGCACUCGCAGGCGGGGAGACACACUGCGACGCCUCGCUGGCAGGGGCCCGGGGAUUGACCUCCACAAAACAAACAAGACUGCCGUCAAACUUGUCCCGAGCGGCUCGGAGGCGAGGUGGAACCGCGGUGGCGACAUGUCGGAGCUCCUGCUGGACGUGCUCGGGGAGCGACUCGUCAGCCGCGAGCACGCCGAGGUGGACGUGCAGGCGCUGGGGGCCAAAGUGACGCUGGUCGGCCUCUUCUUCGGCUGCAGCCUGAACGCGCCCUGCCAGCAGUUCAACGCCAGCCUGGCGGAUUUCUACUGCGGCUUCAAGAAGACCUCGGAGCACAGAGACCGGCUGGAGGUGGUCUUUGUGUCCUCGGACCAGGACCACAAACACUGGCGGGACUUCCUGCAGGAGAUGCCCUGGCCGGCGCUGCCUUUUACGGACACACUCAAGAAGAUGAAGCUGUGGAACAAGUACAAGGUCACCAGUAUCCCCUCCUUGGUGUUUGUGGAUACCUCCACAGGGAAGGUGGUGUGUCGGAACGGUUUACUGGUGGUUAGAGACGACCCCAAAGGCCUGGAGUUCCCCUGGGGGCCAAAGCCAUUUGCAGAGGUGGUGGCGGGGCCUCUGCUCAGGAACAACAACAGGCAGACGACAGACAGCAGUAGUCUGGAGGGCCACUACGUAGGAGUCUACUUCUCUGCACACUGGUGCCCACCCUGCCGCAGUCUGACCCGUGUCUUGGUGGACUCGUAUCGCACGGUGAAAGAGUCGGGUGAAAAGUUCGAGAUCGUGUUCGUCAGUGCCGACAGGUCCGAGGAGUCUUUCAAGCAGUACUUCAGUGAGAUGCCCUGGUUGGCAGUGCCAUAUUCGGACGAGGCUCGACGAUCACGACUGAACAGGCUUUAUGGGAUUCAAGGUAUCCCCACCCUGAUCCUGUUGGACACAGAGGGUCACAUGAUCACACGACAAGGCCGCGUGGAGGUGCUAAACGACCCGGAAUGCCGUCUCUUCCCUUGGCACCCUCGGCCCGUGCUGGAGCUCAGCGAGUCAAACGCCGCACAGCUCCAUGAUGGGCCCUGCCUCGUCCUGUUUGUGGACGCUGAAGAGGCAGGAGAGCUGGAGCCAGCCAAGCAGCUCAUCCAACCUCUGGCUCAGAACAUCAUGGCCAAGUACAAAGACAAGGAGGAGGAGACGCCUUUGCUCUUCUUUGUGGCCGGAGAGGACGACAUGAGCGACUCUCUGCGGGACUACACCAACCUUCCGGAGGCUGCACCGCUGCUCACCAUACUUGACAUGUCAGCACGGGCCAAGUACGUCCGUGACGUGGAGGAAAUCACGCCGGCGGUGGUGGAGAAGUUUGUUGGCGACUUUCUGGCCGAGAAGCUGAAACCAGAGCCGAUCUGAAUCAAAGAAGUCCAAAUAUGAACACGAUAAUGGACUUGAUUCUUCAUCAUCAUCAUCAUCAUCAUCAGCUGUUCAUCCUUCACUUUUUUAUUGACUUUUUAACUCUUUUCUUUCUCUCCAUGGAGUCACUCCUCCUGUGGUGCCUUGCAUUGACUAUAGUCCCUACAGUUAAUAUAUAUGCCCCGCCCACUUGAGUAUUACAUCAUCACUUCUGGAUUCUAGAGCCCAGCGGACCUACGACUUACUCAUUUCUAUUUUGCCUUCUGAGUUACACAAAGGAAUAAAGUGAUUGCAGAA